UGAUAGAGUGGUGUCUUACAUAAGAGGAAAAAUCACUCACUCAAACCAGGUCUAACAUCAUGCUAUAAUAGCAACAAAACACCAUAAUAAUGGUGGCUCCUUGCUCUUGUUAGGAGUACUAAAAUUCCACACAAAACAAAAGCCACCUUCUUUGAUUCAACAAAUUAACUCUCAGUAUCCAAAAACCUUUUCUUUUUUUCUUUCUUCCUAGCUAAACCAAACCCUUUCUUUUGAUUUUGAUCAAUCUUCCAGAAUCUAGAUCCAGAAGAAUCUGGUGAAGAUGGAUACUACUAAUGAUUGGGUGCUCCUUUCUGAUGAUGGCUCCCUUGAUGGUGGUGAUGAGAAUCAGAUUUUCCUGGGAAAAUCAAACCCAGAAUCAAAAAGUGAUUUUGACAUGAAUUACUUCUACUGCACCUCACCAAAAUCAAGGGAUUCUUCCACAACACAACUUCUCCAUGAUGAUCCAAUUCAAUUUGUAGAAAACACUGAGGAUGAUCAUGUUGGAGACAACUCAGACACCACCUCUGAGAAAAUCAAAGCUGUUGUUGUGGAAGCUGAUGAACAAGAAACUCUUUCUGUUUCACAGUUUUUCUUGCAGUUAGAAAAUAAAUUUGCCGACAUGAAAAUGGAUUCUCCAAAAUCCAGUCCUAGAGUAUUGUUUCCUCCUCCUCUUGAUGCAGGUGCCUUGAAAUUUGAGGACAAAGGUGAGGCUAUGGAGGUUAUGGUCUCUCCUAGAAGGAAGGUUGAGAAUGAAAUGGCUACCAUGGACUGUGACAGAGAAGAGGUGGACCCCACUGAUGGUUUCAAUUUCUGGAAGUGGAGCUUGACAGGGGUUGGAGCUAUCUGUUCUUUUGGUGUUGCUGCUGCCACCAUCUGUGUGCUGGUUUUUGGAAGCCAGCAAAAGAACAAAUUCCAUCAGAACCAUAAGAUUCAGUUCCAGAUCUACACUGAUGACAAGAGGAUUAAGCAAGUGGUACAGCAAGCAACCAAAUUGAAUGAAGCAAUUGCGGCAACAAGGGGUAUUCCACUUAGCAGAGCUCACAUAACCUAUGGUGGUUAUUAUGAAGCACUUUGAGACAUGAUUUCGUGCCUUCAUGGAACAUUUGGAUUCCACAACCUAUGGCUAGGGGCACCAUCUUCUACUAUAUCGUCUAUCAUAUGGUUUUGUAAAUAAAAAAAUGAUGGAUGGUGUAUUGUAAAUUGAAUCCCAGAUUAGGGGCUCUUUUAUUAAUAUUAUUUUGUCCUUUUGGGUUUGAAGGAUGAAAAAAAGUUUGUCUGGUAGUUGCCCCAAGUUAUGGAGCAAUUGUUUUUAAUUAGUUUGUUUUCUUGGUCAUCAAGUUAUGGAGCAAUUGUUAAAUGAAAGGUUCUUUUUUAUAAAGAAAGUGAGGUGGUGCCGUGAGAAUGGUAUGGAAAGUAGAAAUCUUAUAAUGUUAGGCAUGCUCGACCAAAUGCUGACAUGAGUAGUUUUGGAAAUAGUCUAGAAGAAAAAGUAAUGUUAUGAAUUUAAUGCAUACCUUUAUUGAUGAGGAAUUGAGAUCCUCUCAUGAAUAAGAAAAUUCUCUUUUAAAUUGUGUUUA